UAUGGGUGCAUCAGUGAUCUGGCUGCUCCCCUCAAGAUCCAGUAACUUGACAGGGGCCCUCUUAGGUGCAGGGCCUGAUUUGGGGGAUUGGGCGAAUUGGCCUAAAGCUGGCCCUGAAGAUUUCUAUCCUCACUCUGACACUGGUGCAGUGCCCAAGAAACUGAGGCGCACACACGGGGUUGCAAUGAGGGAAUCAUCACAUAAGAGAGUGAACACAAUCCCCACUACAUCACACACCCUAAAUUAAUGUUGCUUUAAACUAUCUUUCAAAACUUGUUUGCCAUAAAUGAGUACACUGUCACCUUGAAAGUGCAGGCCUUUAUAUUUCCCGUCUCUGAGCAACUAUUCAAGGCUGCUUUAAAGGGAUUUUUGAUGUGCAUGUAUUAUUUUUCCUUACAGUUUCUCUGAGGAGCAGAAGUAUGGGAUGAGAUGGAGGAAGUAGUUUUCAUGCUUUAUGUUUAUGCUCCAGUGAUACUGAAUGGCUGAAGCCUGGAACUGAAUGAUUGAUGGCUAUAUCAUCAUUCUGAUAUUCAUUUAGUCACCACCAUGGGUCACUGGGGAAAAAACACUAUUUUAGUUUGUCACCCAUAUUUAAAAUAAACUUCUGGAAUAAUUUGAUUUCUCAGAGCGAGACUACAAACUGACCUGACACGAAUACACAAACUCAUAAAAUAAAAACAAAAAAUUGGAAGCCCUGGUAUUCUUGUUUAUGUGAGAGCGGAACCAUAUCAAAAUGUGUAGAGCCCCUUUUAAAAGGGGAGUAGUUGAAAAGUGUCCAGCGCAUCAUGAAUAACCAUGCUGCUGGCUUAGGAGGGAUAAUUCGCUAAGCUGCGAAACAGACGUCGCAACUUGAGAGAAAAUUUGUAUGAUCAAAGAUUAUGUUUGUAGCUUUUUGCUUUUUUUUUCUUACUGAUUCUUAGAAGAGUUUCUGUGUUAUGGGUGUAGAGAAGUGUCUUAAUGAUGCACCAUCUUCAAUUUUCCAAGGUUAUUGUGCAUGGGAAGUAGAUUAGGUAGUGAAUGCAAAGUAUUAACUAUAGUUGUGUUUCUUCUGUGGAGUAAACAAGGUCUGGUAAUAUUUUAUUGGUUUUUGGAAAGCAAUCAUAACUGUGUGAUUUGAAACAAUAUGCCAGAAUUAUGAGAAUUUGUAUUACUGCUUUAUCAUUCAUAGGUUUUUGUUAUAACUUAUCUGGGAACCUUGAGGGUAGAUGAGGUAUAGAGAUCAGGACUGGGUUCUCAGAUCAUAGCUAUUCUAAGUUAAUGUACAUUUUAUAGCUAUCCUUGAUAGUGACAGUUGUCUCUUCCUCAGCCUUGGUGUUCUGGGCUUUAGAUGGUGGAUAACGCCUCUGUCUGGUUUCUAGCCUGGGAAAAGGGGAUUUUAUGUCUAAUAUAAAAAAGCUGAUGCUGGUUCCUGGUUGCAGGCCAAGUUGACCAAGAAGUCCCUUCACAACCACGUUCUUACCUACUGGAAACUUCUAUAGAACAGGAAGGUGCAGGGACUGGUAGAGAUGAUCUCCUUCAGGCAAUUGCCGCUUGAAGCAAAGGCUACAGUGGCUGCUGGUGUUGUCUUCGUCUUCAUGAUGAUAUCCCGGACCUUCCUGGCAGAGCGACUUGAAUUCAGUACACGGAGGUGGCUGCAGAGAUUACAGAUGGCACUGUUUGUUAAUGCACUGAUGCUCAUAGGUUCUCUUCAUAUCUGGAGAUGUAUAGUGACCACAUUCUACAGGCUUUCAGCUGCCAGCUCCUAUUGUUUCAUGCCAUGGAAAAUAGCUGUACUCAUGUUUCUAGCCUUGGCACACUCAAGCUUUUUUACACUGUUGUUUCUUAUCGCAGAAGAGCCCAGUUUCUUUUCCUUAGCUUCUUACACAUGUCUAGGAGCCUAUAUAAUCCUUGUUUUCUUUCUCUUUGCUUUGGGCACUGUAGAACAAGUUUAUAAGCUCUUGAUCAGGAGGGGUGCUCAGACAAGUGGUGUCCAUAAGAGUAGUAAAACUAUGAUUAAGCCUAUUCUGGCUGUCAUGGUAACAAUUGCACUGACUACUGUUGGGUUGUUGAAUGCCUCCCAACCUCCUGCAGUGACCACAGUGGAGAUUCCUAUUCACAAACUGCCUUUGUCCAUGGAUGGCCUAAAGGUGGUGAUGAUAUGCGAUAUCCAUCUGGGACCCACUGUAGGGAAGACUAAACUUGGAAUGGUAGUGAAGAUGGUCAAAGCUUUAAAACCAGAUAUCACUGUGAUUGUAGGUGAUCUAUCAGAUUCUGAAGUGAUGGCCAUCCGCCCUGCUGUCGAAUCUCUUAGUGAGCUUAAUUCCCCAUUGGGAACUUACUUUGUCACUGGAAACCAUGAGUAUUAUACUUCUGAUGUCAACAAUUGGUUUGAGUUGCUGAAGUCAUUUAAUAUUCGUCCACUCCACAAUGAGAAUGUGAAGAUCUCUUCUCCAAGGAGCAGCAUUGAUUGGUUCUGUUUGGCUGGCGUUGAUGAUAUUGAAGCUCAGAUGUUGCGCUAUUCUGGUCACGGCAUGGAUUUAAAAAAAGCUUUAAGUAACUGUAGUGCUGAUCAUGCAAUAGUACUUCUGGCUCAUCAGCCAUUGGCUGCAAAAUGGGCUCUCCAUGAACGGCCAGACAUAAACUUGGUCCUUUCUGGCCACACUCACGGUGGGCAAAUAUUCCCUCUGAAUGCUGGUGCCUAUUUACUGAAUCCCUUCUUCGUUGGCUUGUAUAAAUUGGGACAGAGCUCUUUCAUAUAUGUCAGCCCGGGGACUAUGUAUUAUGGAAUUCCAAUGAGGCUGGGUAGCAGAGCUGAAAUAACGGAGAUCAUCCUGCGCUCUCCCUGAAUGGUUUGCCAGCUUGAAAAUGUUGUAUCUUCUAUCAGCCAGUAGAACUGACUCUGAUAUGCACAAGUCCCUGAGCCAAGUCCAUCCGCGAUAUAACACUGGGGAAGUUGGUGAGGUUAGAACAGCGAUGGACUUGGCUUUGUAAGCUGAUGCUGCUCCUUCUGCAGAUAGCACUGUUUCUUCCACCAUCUUGUAGGCUUAUCAAACACCCAUGACAGAUGACUGGAAGUGAUCCAUAAGUCAAUUAGAUGUGUUCAUUGUGCUGUUAAGAUGCCUCAUUGAAAAGUUAUCGCCAUGGCAUUGGUGUUUCAUUUUAAGUUUGCUUACUGUGUGUAUUCAAUAUUUUGUAAUCUGUCAUUGGCUCACAUUCUACUUGAUUCUUGCCAUCUGAUGGAGUGCUGCCUAAUUCCUAAUGGUGCACAGUUUGUCCACUGGGAGAUGUGGUAAAACUGAUGUAAAUUUUCCCCCGUGUGCUCUACAAAGUCUUCAUUC